AUGGUGGCGACUUUCCACAAUGAGGACGCGGACGAGCUCACUCGAUUGACCAGGGAAGAAGCAAUGACGAAGAUCCGCAACAAGGGCUGGAGCUACGUGAGCUUGAAGGAGGCUAUACGUCAGGCAUUGGAAGAUUCGGAGCGAUUCGGUCCAUGUUUCUUGUCGUGGCACGAGGACGAGGAUCGAUUGGAGCAGAUGAAGCUGAGAGAGCUACGAGUCUUCAGGGCACUUCACCGGCAACCAAAGGGCUUUGAGGAGAUCGAGAUCGUGGAAUGGACAUCGAAGCCGAGGAUGGUCAAGGACUUCGAGUACUUCAACGUGGAGAACCAACAACAAGGUAGCAAGGUGAUUGCGGCGACCGUUGGGCCAGAUCCUCAUGGGCGAGUCGUACAACGGUUUUGGAACUACUUGCUUGAGGAGGAGUUCGACGUCGCUAUUUUGGAAGGGCCAAGAGAGGUGAACUGGGAGCUGUUUCGGCAGAUCGCGGUGAACAGUGGAUGGAAGGUCACCGAGGAGGAGAUCGAGCAGUGGUUGGUGAAGGAGGUGAGCCCACCUUCGCUGGGUACCAUUUUGGCCAAAGCGGAGGAAGAGGCGUGGUGCAGAUGGACGAAAUGGGAGGAUGCGUAUGGUCAGGGUGAGCAUCAUAUGCUUCCACGAGUCGGAGGCCACGUGUGGUUCGAGGAUGAGAAGCGGCGUAUGGUCUACAGGCUGAACGGACCGUGCAGGUGGCUUUUGUCGGCAGAUGGGAAGGGUUUGGAAGAGCUCUACGUUGUGGACAAGUCCGCACAGUCUGGUUUCGUGAGGAAGUUGCAGCCUAAGGAGAUUUGGAGAGCACAAGAAAGAGGACAGAGCGGGAGGCAGCUGGUGGAUCAGAUUGGAGAGGCUGAGGCUUCAAAGGAAGGAUGUCUUGGGCAGAAGGCUGGCAUGUGCUAUGACGCCGAGGAUGUGAAGUCUUUAGGGCUGCUGCUGUCUUGGUUGAGGAAAUGGAGAAAAGGAGACUUUUCCAGAGCAGAAGCGGAUCGGAAAGCAGGAGGAGUUGAGGAGCGCAGGAAGGCAUGGCUGUGGGGAGAAGACCUAUGGCUUGGAGCGCUGGAUGAGGAGGCUUGCGAGUUCGGACUCGGAAUGAAGGCAGGAGGACGCAGCAAAUCACCGAGGGCGACGGAGGCUGAGGUAAGAAGAGUCGUUGAGCUGCGCCGAGGCCUAUCAGGAGAUCUGAACGUACAAACACAACUGGAGGAAUGGCUUGAGGAACACAUGGAUGGAGACAAGGCUCAGAGUACAAAGAAGGCUUAUUACUCGGCCUGGGAGAAGUGGGGUAACUGGAGUAGGAGACAGAAGUGGCUGACACCAUACCUGAGCUACAAGGCGGACCCGGUGGAAAACGAGAACAAGCUGCUGGGUUACCUCGGGUACUUGGGUUGGUUUGGGACGUCGGUGGUAAUCUUGAAGCAGGCGGUGUUCGCCAUCAAGGACGCGCGCAAAAGGACGGGGUAUGGGGAUGUCACGGGCAAGAUACAUCGCCUGUGGAUCGUUAUCAAUUCGCUGGAAAGGAGCUCAGAGAAACGCCCGAGGAGGCUGGGCGUAACAGUGUCCAUGUUGAAGGGCAAGGGAGUUCUGCGACAGCUGUCGGUGAAACGAAAGGUCGUGGCAGAGAAGGCAAAGGAGGCUACGAAAUAA